UUAGGACACAGGAAGUAAAAAAGCAUCAGGCUUCCAUCCACGAGCCGUCGGAGCCGAGCAUGUGAGACGUUCAGUAAUUGAAUCUUUAGAACCUUUCAGACGGAGCCAGAACCGGGACCACACUGGGCUUUAACAACCAUAGCCUCCUUCUCCUCCUCCUGCUUCAUUACCUUGUUCAUCUACACCAUCAUCAUCUCCUCCACGUCCGCCUGUCAUGAAGCCUCCAACCAGUUGCCAUGGUUAUCAGAAGUAGUCGACGUCGAGGAAUAUCCUUUAGCUGUUGACAUUAAUACACCGGAGAGACAAAAAGCAAAAUGGACAGAGAGAUCAGUAUUGCUUCUUCUGCUGCUGAUGUAGACACAAGCAGACAAAAGAAGAGAAAAAAGAGGCAGGAAGUGUUUGAGGAGACACCGCCUGUAGUAGACACAACUGAGGCGUUGAAGAAGAAGAAGAAGAAGAAGAAGAAAGAGAAAAAUGAGCGGAGUGAAAAAGGUAUAUCCACGGUAACAGACCAUAACCACACAGGAAAAGAUUUCUCAGUUUCCAUGGAAACCAACAAAACCGGAAAGAAGAAGAAGAAAGAUGGGAAUAUAAUGGAAGUAAUGUUAGAGGGAGAGGAGAAGAACAAGAGCGAUGUAGGAGAGAAGAAGAGAAGAGCGAAGAGGACAGAAGGAGGAAGAGAGAAUAGUGCAAUCACAACAUCAGUUCCAAAAGAGGAGCUGGACUGGUUGUUGGAGGAGCUGCAGGAGUUUCUCCCAAACAUCAAGACGAGAUCAGCCAAACACAUCGAUAGACUGCUUAAAUACGACCUGCAUCGCUUCAAACAAUUCAAACAGCAAGGUGUGGAUCUGUGUUGGGGGAGGCUUUCUCAGCAGGAGAAUCAGCAAAUCAGAGACAAUGUCAGAGACUUUCUCGCUCUGACAAGCAUCAGCUCGGCCAAACGGCUUCUGUUUCCUCAGAGGUACCCAGAGCAGGAGAAGCAGAUCAAGAAGCUAAGAGCACGUCAUCACUUCCUGGAGAGGAUUGCUGAGGGGAUUCCUCGUUCGUGUCAACAGGUUUACAUAAGAGCCAAGAAGAUGUUUGACAAGAGGAACUACAAGGGGAGGUUCUCGGAGCAGGAGGUGCACCAACUGACAAAGUUUCAGAACCUAUAUGGGAAUGACUGGAAGAAGAUUUCUGAGAUGAUGGGCCGCAGCGUGUUCGCCUUAGAGAAGCGCUUCGCACAACUCGCUACAGGUCGGGGUAAAUGGAGUCCAGAUGAGAAGUCCAGGUUGAAGCGGGCUGUGAGAGAUUACCUUGAGGUUCUGGUCCAGCAGAGUUCCUCAGGUCCCCGUCUGAGUAGGCAGCAGCUGUGUAACUCUCUGCCUUGGAAUGUGAUCAGUCGGAAGGUCGGGACCAGAUCAAUUUGCCAGUGUCGGGUCAAGUGGUUCUCCAUCCUGAGGUUAAAACUGACUUCAGCUGGAACCUUCACCAGAGGAGUUGAAGGAAUUGCGGCUAAGAUUCGGCUCAUCAACACGCUGUACAACAUGGGUGUGGAGGACAUAGCGGACAUCGACUGGGAAGAGGUUGUGCGCCUUGUGGGUAAAGUGACGCCUGUGUGCGUUCAGAGGAGUUUCUACAGACUGAAAGUCUCCAAAGUUCCCAACUGGAUCAGUUUAUCCUACGGAGAAAUCAUCGACUUCCUGCAGCUGAACGUGUCUCCGAUCCUGCAGGCGAAGCUGCAGAAGGCCAGCAGAGAGGAAAGCCGGGGGGAGGCGCAGGGGGAGGACGGCUUCCUGCUUUCUGACAUUGUCCCUUCACACGAUGAAGACGACGACUACAUGGAAAGCGACAACAGUCAGCUGACAUUUGGCCAAUCAGGAUGCAGAUAGAUUCCAAAUGAAAUUGCUGUCAGACUCAUCUCAUGUGUGCACAGCAUCAGUUCACGCACACACAUAAAUGUUGACGCUCAACAGGAUCCUCAUUAAGUGAUCUACCAGUGUUAAAUACUUUGGAGCUCAAUAGGAAAGCCCCACAAGUAUUCUGAGUUAUAGUGUGACUAAUUGACUGAUUGAUUAUAUAAACAUGGAGCAGGAAGUGAACCUAAUCAAGGCUAUAUCACUUUAUUAAGACUGAUGUCUUUGUUUUAAUAAAAUAUUUUGUGACCUUU